AUGCGCGGAAGAGCCCUGAAACGUGAACUUAGCGCGCCACCUAGUGCUAGGGGGAUGCAUCGUCGCCCAAGUAAAGGAAAUCAAGAAACUGGCUUGGGUCUGAGGAGGGAGUUUCUAGAGAACAUUGAUGCUCGGGCAGCAAAUAUAAAUAGACAGCUGGUGUAUAUCAACCUAAAGAGCGCCUGUACAGCAGAGGAUGUAAUGAAGGGAAGGAGAGCGCUGUUUCUGCAACCUCGUGUUCAUAUUUCAUUGUCUCCUUUCCAACUGUCGCGCAUUUUCUCCUCACAAUCAGGACACAGACUUCCUGGCCACGUGGGCAACCUCACUGCGGUGACAGAGUUCCUGCUCGCCGGGUUCUCCGCCGUCCGGGAGCUGCAGCUGCUGCACGCGGCGCUCUUUCUGCUGGUUUACCUGGCAGCGCUGGCGGGGAACCUGCUCAUCGUGGCGGUCGUCACUCUGGACCAGCGCCUUCACUCGCCCAUGUACUUCUUCCUGAAGAACCUCUCCUUUCUGGACUCCUGCUACAUCUCCGUCACGGUGCCGAAGUCGAUCCACAGCUCCCUGGCCCGCAGCACCUCCAUCUCCUACCUCGGCUGUGUGGCCCAGGUCUACUUUUUCUUUGCCUUCGCCUCCGCCGAGCUGGCCUUCCUCACCGUCAUGUCUUACGACCGCUACCUGGCCAUCUGCCACCCGCUGCGCUACGGCGCGGCGAUGACCCCGGGGAAGUGCCGCCAGAUGGCAGCCGUCGCCUGGCUGAGCUGCUUCGCCUACGCCUCGGUCCACACUGGCAACAUGUUCUGGGAGCCCAUUUCAAGCUCCGACACCAUCCACCAGUUCUUCUGCGACAUCCCCCACGUGCUGGCCCUGGUUUCCGGGGAGGUCUUCUUCGCGGAAUUCGUGACUCUGGCUCUGAGUUCGUGCUUGGUGCUGGGGUGCUUCCUGCUCAUGGCGGUCUCCUACUCCCACAUCUUCUCCGCCGUGCUCAGGAUCCCGUCGGUGGAGAGCCGCGCCAAAGCCUUCUCCACCUGCUCCCCGCAGCUGGUCGUCAUCCUGCUCUUCCUCACCUCGGGGCUCUUCGCCGCCUUGGGACCCAUUGCAAAAACCUCCUCCACCCAAGAUUUGGGGAUCGCUCUGGCUUACACGGUUCUGCCUCCCUUCCUGAACCCCAUCAUCUACAGCCUGAGAAAUAAGGAGAUCAAGACAGCUGUGCGGAGACUGUGGGGGAAGAUGUGCGCUCUGUGA